GGAAUUAUCAAGGAGACAAGGAUCUCCCACAUAUGCGGCAAUGGCGUCAACAACCUGGUUUAGAACCGUCUUCUUAACGAAGCCAUGGCGACCCCUUCCUCGAAACCGAGCGUUCCCCUCCGUUUCAUUCUUCUCUGCCCGCAAUCCCCAAAUUCCGCAUUUGGGUUGUGGCUGUAAACUCUUCAAGCCCAGAAACCAUCGUGUGUUCCCGAGAAGGACCCAACAUCUCAAUUACUCCGAUAACGAAACCCCAUCUUCAUCUCCAGAUGACUCCGAAACAAAUCCUCCGCAAGAAGCUGUUCUCAAGGCAAUUUCAGAAGUGUCGAAGACAGAAGGAAGGGUAGGGCAAACGACGAAUGUAGUUAUUGGAGGGACUGUGCAUGAUGAUUCGACUAACGAGUGGCUUGUUUUGGAUAAGAAGGUUAAUUCCUAUCCAUCUGAAAGGGUGUUUACAGCUAUUGGUACUGGAGGCGAUGAUUUUGUGCAGGCUAUGGUAGUUGCUGUAGAAUCGGUUAUUCAACAAUCUAUCCCCGAGGUGCAGGUGAAGCAGAAGGUUUCCUGGGGCAAGUACGUAUCAGUAAAUAUUGGACCCAUUCAAGUCGUUUGUAGUGAACAGGUUCAAGCUGUAUACAACACGAUGAGGCGAGAUGACCGAAUGAAAUACUUUCUGUAACCUGUAAAGAACAGAGCUCAACUACAUAGUACAUCAGCCUAACAUGUUGUCUACUUUCAAUUGUUCUGUUCCAAUGAAGUAGCUUCAGCUUUGUUUUCUA